AUGGGUGGGCCCCGGGCCCUGCUGGUCGCGCUCUGGGCGCUGGGGGUUGCCGGGGCCACAGCCUUGCGCAUCGGAGCCUUCAACAUCCAGAGCUUCGGCGACAGCAAAGUGUCGGACCCGGCCUGCGGCGGCGUCAUCGCGCAAAUCCUGGCCGGCUACGACCUCGCGCUCGUGCAGGAGGUGCGGGACCCGGACCUGAGCGCCGUGGCCGCGCUCAUGCAGCAGAUCAACAGCCUGUCCGCGCACGAGUACGGCUUCGUGAGCAGCGCGCCGCUGGGGCGCGAGCAGUACAAGGAGAUGUACCUGUUCGUCUACAGGAAGGACGCGGUGUCCGUCGCGGACACGUACCAGUACCCGGACCCGGAGGACGCCUUCAGCCGCGAACCUUUCGUGGUCAAGUUCUCGGCCCCCGGCUCCGGUGAGGCCCCGCCCGGCCCGCCCCGCCCCGCCCCGCGGACCCCCCCCGCCCCGCUGCCCCCGCCCCCCGCAGCCGCCAAGGAGUUCGUGCUGGUCCCGCUGCACGCGGCGCCCCACCAGGCCGUGGCGGAGAUCGACGCGCUCUACGACGUGUACCUGGACGUGAUCGACAAGUGGGGCACCGACGACAUCCUCUUCCUGGGCGACUUCAACGCGGACUGCAGCUACGUGCGCGCGCACGACUGGCCGGCCAUCCGCCUGCGCAGCAGCGAGCUCUUCCGCUGGCUCGUCCCCGACGGCGCCGACACCACCGUGGGCAACUCGGACUGCGCCUACGACCGCAUCGUGGCCUGCGGCGCGCGCCUGCGCCGCAGCCUGAAGCCCCAGUCGGCCGCCGUGCGCGACUUCAGGGAGGAGUUCGGCCUGGACCAGGCCCAGGCUCUUGCCAUCAGCGACCAUUUCCCGGUGGAGGUGACCCUCAAGUCCCACUGACAGCCCUGAGGCCUGGCCGGGGGGGCAGCCCCAGGGGCUCUUCAGGGUGAGGCCAUUCAUUCCCCAUCGCACCCCCGGGGCGGAUCAGCUGGGCCUGGACAAGAGGCCAUGGAUGCACUUGAGGGUGACUCAGGCUGCUUCCCCGUGUGUAGAGUGGGUCCCCAUCACCACCUUCAUGGGGUGGUGAGGACAUCUGUGAAGUGCUGGGCGGACAGCAGUGCCCAGCAAGCGCUCAGCCAGGACCUCACAGGAGGCUCCAGGCCUCCUGCCCGUUCCCAGGACUCAGGAACUCUGGGGCACAAACCUCAGCCCCACAGGCCAGUGGGUCCUGUCAGCCUGGUCACCUGUCUCAUGUCCCACCGGACCCUGACCGCCUCCAGGCCAGGUUGGCCUCAGGGUCUGGCUCAUGCUAGAGAGCCCAAGCACCUUCUCUCUCCAGUGCAAACUGCCAACGCCCAGUGCUUGUACCGAGGGUAGGCAGCUAGGCACACGCUCUUUUGCUGUCCAGGACAUUCAACGCAAGGCCACCUCCUGGCCACCGGCCCUCUUGCAGCCCCAAGUGCUGGAUCCCAGUGUCGCCUGUGUCAAGGGCCCUGCCCGGCCCUGUGCCCCCCGCCGGUCAGAGGCCUGGAUAUCAGGGAGCCCUCAGUGGGUGGCCGGCCGGUCAGGUCCUCCAGCUCAGGCAGGUGGGUUGGGUGAGGUCCUGCCCCAGGAACCCACACCCCUCGGGGUGGGCAUCCCCCCAGGCUCCCUCCUGGGGAGAGAUGAUGGGGGUGGAUGGCAGCCUGAGUCCUGGGUCGGCCCCACUCCUUAGGAUGGAGGGCAAGCAGGACCGGGCACAGCACCCUACAGGCCCGACGGGUGCUGACGCACCUCUGCUGGGCGGGGCUCCGGCCGGCAUGACCAUACAGGAGAGGCCUCGCCUGGGAGCAGCACGUCCGGUCUGGGGAAGCUGCUCUGGAGGAAGCGCCGGGGCGCAUGGGGCACAGGAAGCUCACAAGAGCCGGGCCCCAAGGCCCCACCUGAGUCCUGAGCUCCCCUCAUCUGAGGGCAAACACGGCGCUCUUCAGGGCGGGGCUUCUUGGGGGGCUCGUUAGGGCCCCUGGCCCGGCCCCUCCAGCCAUCAGACAUUCCAGCGGCGGGACAGGCCAACCGAGGACUUUAUUCACAUUUCUGUCCUGACAAGGAGACGCCUGGUGACGUGGUCGAGGUCCAGACUGACGCCCCAGCCGCCCUCGGCCGGGCCCACCAGGCAGGAAGGCACACAUGGGGGUGCAGGGCCUUGGGGCGCCGGGCCUUGAGGGGGGACCAGCAAGAUACAGCUGAGCGUGCUUUCCAGCUGGGGUCCAACUGGCCCCAGGGCCCAGCGGGGUGGCCGAGCCGCCGGGAGCUGCCCUCAACCCUUCUUCUGCCUGAGCCUGUCCAGGUACGUCCGCAGGGCCUUCUGGAUGGAGUCUCUGGACACGAAGCUGACGAAGCUCUGGACGUCGGCCUCGCGCUGCUUGGCCAGGCGGUCAGCCGUGGGCUUGCGCAUCAUGCUCUUGGUCAGCUGCCGGGCGUGGUCUGAGAAAACACGGC